AUGUCUUCAGUAGAGGCUCGCCGUAAGCGCUCGGCUACUGAAGAGGGCGGCUUGAUGACGGAGCACUGGCAGGCUGAGGCAGGACGCUCGCGAGAAACAGCAUCACCACCCACGGAAAAAUCGAUGACCCAUCCUGUAGUCCAUCUACAGCCAACCUCUGAGCUUGAUGGGCCAGAAAAUAGCGACAAGAAUUUACGAAGGCCCGUAUCGAAUACUGUGCGAAAUCAUGAACUCCACGACCAAGGACCUAUUGCAUCGCUAUCAAGGCCUCUCAUGGAGACGUUAGGGCUCUUGCUCAUUGAUGUCAGGAUGAAUCCUGAUGUGCCUCAAUACUGUGGUCCCCUAGAGUCAAGCUGCGCAGCCUUAUUUUUCUGGAUCGAUGACCUUGGAAUGUCGCGAGGCCGUCUUGAUGACAUGCUUCAAAACUCCCUUCAGCUGCGCGAUACUUGUCUGGCCGUUCUCGUGUCUAUCUCUCGAUUUGUCAGCACAUCUUUGAUACUUCUGAUCAGCAGUGAGCAUCGACAGAGAGAAGUACUACAGUCAACGGGCAUCUCGAUUUCGUUGGAGCAGAUCAUGAAUAUGAUUGAGUACCAGCAACAUCAGUAUACUCAUCGACCCGAGCAGGACGCGGAAAGCUUAUGUCAGACUCUUCGAAUGAAGAUCGACACUCUCAUUAUGUUGGCACCCACCCUAGCAUCACCAGCAGAAGAAUUCUUCGACGAUGAGGAGCCUCGAGUUAUCCAAGAUAUUGGCGAAUACCUACCGGAACAGGCCUACGCUAACAGCAUUUCCCAAAAGUUCCCACUGGCUGCGUUAGCAAUUGUGUCUCAGUUAGGAAAGUUGAACUGGAAACGAUACAAUCACAUGAUCCAUUUACAGCAAGAAACGGUAGAGCAGGAACUGCGAACAACAGUUAUGGAGAAGGCAAGAACGAUCUUUCAUGACUCUGGCCUCGGCGUCUCUUUGCCAGCACAAUCAGAAGUUGGGUUGAAUAUUGCCGAAUCUGCACCCUCGGUGGUAUCUCACAGGGCCCAAGCGAGCCACAAACGUGUUCCACAAUUGCCAGCGAAAGCGCGGUCUGGCGAAACUUUUGCAUGCGAAAUCUGCAAUAAACAGGUGCGUUUUAAGCAGACAAAAGCUUGGAAGAAGCAUGUCUUCGAUGACAUUCUAGCAUAUUCUUGUUUCUUCGCAGAAUGCAGCGACACUCACGUCUUCUACGAGAACAGCGAUGCGCUCAUGACUCAUCUACAAGAUGACCAUGGCAUGGAUGUCCAAGUCUUGGAUGUCACAUGUCCUCUGUGUGUUCAGUUCACUUCCGGGGAUCGUGAUAUCUUAUCGCUCCAUAUUGCUCGUCACAUGGAAGAAGUUGCUCUUGCAAUAUUGCCUACUGGUGUUGACUCGGACGAGGAAUCAGGAGAUGAGUCAACAAGCGACGCUACAUCUUUGAAGGAUAACGAAGACCCUGCAAAGCUACCAGGCGAAUUUCAAGAGGACCCGACAAGGGAUCCAGUCAGCAUUGAGAGUAAUGCAUAUGGGAGUGACACCGAACCUCCAUCCGCUUCUGUCGAGUUCGAUGGCGAUGGAUGUGUACUAUCCAAAUACCUUGGCGUCGUAGAUGAAGGAGCUAACGAAGAGGAUAUUCGAAGAUGGGGAGGUAAAGAAGAGAUCAUCGCGUCAACACUGGAAUCCUGUGAAGGAAAAGAUUCAUGA